UUUGCCCUUUACCCACAAUGCACCGCGGGUGAAAAUGGUUGACUUUGGUUAAGGAUCGUCGACGAAGAGAGAAUGAAUGUACUACUGACAAUGACGUUUCAUUAAAACAAAGGAGGUGCUCGUGAACUUUUCGCACAGAGUAUGUAUUUGUGACUCCCUCGUAAGAAACCGACACGUUUCCGCUUUUGUUUUAGCUGUACCUGAAGUUGCAGACCAGAGCCAACAUGGCAGGAGUUGUUGCUAAGCGUGAGGGUCCACAUUUCAUCAGCGAAGUGGCUGUGAGGGGUAAUGCUGCCGUUCUGGACUACUGCCGCACCUCUGUAUCUGCAUUGUCUGGAGCAACAGCUGGCAUCCUGGGAUUGACAGGACUCUAUGGCUUCGUUUUUUAUUUUCUUGCUUCCUUCCUCCUCUCUUUGUUGCUCAUCCUAAAGGCCGGACGGCAGUGGAACAAGUGCUUUAAAUCGCGACGGCUGCUCUUCACUGGAGGCCUUGUUGGAGGUCUUUUUACUUACGUCCUAUUUUGGACUUUUCUAUAUGGAAUGGUGCACGUAUACUAAAUGUGUUUAUUUAAAAUUAACCACAGUUAUUUAAUCUUGAAAUAUUUCUGUCUAAACAUAUGUAAUCCAAUAACACCGUCAGUCCCUGCUGUGUAUACAGUACGACGAAUUAAAUGUCACCUGCAGAUUUAACUGCAACUUUUCUCAAUGUGUCAUGCUAACCUGUGACUGUUAAUACAUUUUACCAAUGACUUCUGAUCUAAAAAUAUUUUAACAACGUGCUGCUUCACAUUCGGUUCAACUAAAGACAUGAUUACAGAUAUGAACAGCUCUGUACUAGUUUGCAUAAAUAAUUUAGCAAAGCCAGUUUUAACUAAAUGAGCAAGUCACAUAAAAGUCUCUGUUUUCAACAAUAAAUACUGUGAUAUGAAAUAAAUAAAUUCAGUAACAGA